ACUGGGACUCUUUUUGGACUCUUCUCCAUUGCACAGAGAGCAGACCUCAGCUUCUCACUUUUCCUCACAUCUGGAGGAUCACCCUGACUGAAGAGAGUGUCUUGGGUCAGAUACCUUCACUGCACAAUGGAGUCUGCAGCCUCCCUGGCCGAGCUCCAGGCAGAGGCCAGCUGCCCCAUCUGCCUGGAUUACCUGAGAGACCCAGUGACCAUUGAAUGUGGGCACACCUUCUGUCAUUUCUGCAUCCACCAGCGCUGGGAAGAUCUACCGGGCACCUUUCCAUGUCCUGUCUGCUUCUAUCACUGCCCUGACAAGAACUUAAAGAGGAACACCCAAUUCUGUCACAUUAUUGAAGUUGUUAAGCAGAUUCCCACCACAGGGAACGAGAGGAAAUUGCAGGAAGAAAAACCCCUGUGUGGGAAGCACAAUGAAGUUUUAACACUUUUUUGUGACAGCGCCGAGGAGAUGUUAUGUCCUCAUUGCAAGGUCCCCUUAGACCACCAGGAUCAGUCCCUGAUACCCAUUGAGGAAGCUGCUAAGAGUUGCAGGAACAAGCUCAAAAGAUACAUUGGGGCGAUGUUGGUGGAGGUUGAAGAUGCUGAAACGGAAUAUGAAAACCAAGUUGCAAAAGAAUUUGAAGUGCAGAAAAAGGUGGAAAAAUGGAGGAAAGAAUUGCAGUAUGAAUGUAAAGAACUGAAGUGUUCCUUACAAAUAGAGCAUGAUGUAUUUAAUGCUGGUCUACUUAUAGAAGAGAAGGAUGUUGAAGAAAAACUAACUGAAAAUGGAAGGCAAAUUUCAAACCAUAUGUUCAUGCUAAAUAAUCUUUUAAGUGAAAUAGCAGAGAAGUAUUUACAGGCAGAUGUGGAUUUACUCACAGGUAUUGAAGAUAUCCACAAUAGGUAUGAAAAGCUAGAGACCCCAGCAGUCUUUUCAUAUAAAUUAAAGAAGGAGAGUUGCAAUCUCCCCCCACAUUAUUUGGGCCUGUAUAAAAUGAUCAGCACAUUUCAGGUAGAUUUGACACUGGAUCCUGAAACUGCCCAUCCAAAUCUCAUUAUCUCAAGAGAUAGAAAAAGUGUGACAUAUAGGACACCAGAUGGUCUUCCUAAUCCCCAGGCACUUACUUCUUACCCAGCUGUCCUGAGUUCUGAGGGAUUUGAUGCUGGCAGGCACUUUUGGCAGGUAGAAGUAAGAGGCACAGGUGAAUGGUCCUUAGGUGUGUGUAAAGAAUCUUGCCUCAUAAAUAGUCUGAUAUCACCAUCCCCAAGCAAUAGCUGCAGGCACAUUGAUCUUUGUGCUAGUAUAUGUGGAACAUGCCCUAGAGGACAUAUCAUGCAGGUUGGUAUUUUUCUGGACUAUGAGUUGGGAGAUGUUUCAUUUUAUAAUUUGAAUAACGGUUCAUACUUGUAUGGAUUCAGUGGUAAGUUUAAAGAAAAACUUAUGCCUUAUUUCUCUAGUGCACCUUCGUCAAAAUCUCUUACAUUCAUUAUCAGAGAUGAAUGAUGAACAACUUGGAAAUUUUGUAUGUGGUUAUUUUCUUCCCUUGUUAUUGAAAGGAAUGCUUGUAUAAAGAUUCUGAUUACAGUUUUGAUGUUUCUUGAAAGCAUUCAGUAUUUACCCUUCUCUUCUCCCUUUACCUCAUGCCUGGGAAAACUAAUGAGAAAGCCUUUGGUGCAGGUGGGAAGUUGCAAUGAAGCAAGCCCCUGUAGUGCCAGUAUGCUCUCACCAAUGUAGCACCCAGUAACCGCCAUAAACAAUAAACUAGUAUCCUUUUCCCGUGCUCUCAGUCAUUUUGGGACCUCCUCUGAGACCCACUUUACUUACCGCCAAAAACCUCAUCUUGUGAGUAAUAAACUUUUCAUACUCUCCUGGUAUGUGGUGAGUCAUCAUCAGUCUGAAUAUUUGAAACCAAUUUUGGAUGGCUCCACCCUGACCAUGCAAUCUGGUCAUAACCAUUGGCAUUGUGAACAGGAUUUUUCAGAUAUGAAGCCCCCCACCAAGGUUUCCUCUGGCUUUGGGUUGUAACACUCUGGUUCCCUAGGCAAGGGUGUCCUUUCAGCUUUGUUCUGCAUUUGCUGAGUUCU